AUGAGCUUUAUUGAGAAACUUUUGAAAGAAAAUAAACAUGUUCAUAUUCAUGAAGAUAAACGAGAUUUUGUUGAACAAACAAUUCAUUCAUUAAUUCGUGAUGGACGGAAAAUGUUACACAUUGUAGCUGAUUUUGAUUUUACAUUAACUAUGUAUGAAAAAGAUGGAGAGACUUUACCAACAACCUAUGCAAUUAUUGAGAAUGAUCAGCGAGUUAAAUUACCUGAUGACUCAACAUAUGGUGAUCAUGCAAAUCAAUUACUUUUACAAUAUUAUCCGAUUGCAAAUGAUUCUGAGAUGAGUAUUGAAGAAAAAAUUCCUCAUAUGGUCAAAUGGUAUCAUCAAGUUCAUUCUUUGAUUCUUUCGUCAAAUCUUAAUCAAACGAUGUUACAAGAGUUAGUUCAUCAUUCAAAAAUGGAAUUAAGAAAAGGUGUACGAGAAUUUAUUACGGAGUUAUUACGCAGUCAAACUCCUAUUCUUAUUUUUUCAGCUGGUCUAGGUGAUAUUAUCGAAAUAUUUCUUCGAAAAGAAAUUCCAGAAUUCAAACAUAAUCAUGAAUCAUCACAUAUUGUUUCUAAUUCUAUUGAAUUUGAUGCUAACGGAAAAUUAAUAGCCUUUAGUAAAAACCUUGUUCACCCAUUGAAUAAAAAUGAACACGAAAUUCAUGAUACACCUUAUUAUCAAUCAAUUCUUAACCGUCCAAAUGUUAUUCUUUUAGGUGAUGCUGUUGGAGAUGUAGGAAUGACAGCUGGAAUGAAAAAUUUAAAACACAUACUUAAAAUUGGUUAUUUAAAUCAUAGUACUCCAUCAAAAUUAGAAGUCUACAAAAAUGUUUAUGAUAUUAUUAUUUGCGAUGACCAAACUUUCGACGUACCUAAUAUGAUACUCAAUGUUACAUAG